UCGACAAGAUGUGAUUCUCGUCACAGUAAAUCUGCAGAAAUGAAAGUGUUGGCACUAGUGGCGUGCUUGAUAGCUGCGGCAGCGGCUGCUCCUGGAAAGGAUCACUACGAACUCGCUCGCGGAGGUCGUGUAGUUGGAGGUAUAAACGCCCUACCUAACGAGUUCCCGUGCGUCGUGUCCUUCCAGCGGCUGAUCCUGACGUUGUCGGCUCAUAUUUGCGGUGGAACCAUCAUCAAUGCGCGCUGGGCCAUGACCGCUGCUCACUGCAUCACGGAAUCACCCGCAGGAGCUCGUUUUGCUAUUUGGGCGGGAUCUCACGAUAUAACUAUAUCCGAAGCCAACAGGCAGGUGAUCAACGUCGACGAGGCCAUCACUCAUCCGGAUUAUCAAGGCGGAGUCAACCCUUCAGAUGUUGCUGUUCUUCGCUUAGUCAGUUAUCUGAACUUUAAUGCAUUUGUACAGCCUGCUGUUCUACCAGCUCAGGGAGACCUUGCCAUGCCCGGACCAGCAACUCUGGCUGGGUGGGGCAGCACUAGUGGCUCUGUUACUAUCAUGCCAGCUGUUCUGCAGAAGGUCCAGAAGCCAAUCAUCUCCUACGAUGAUUGUGUGGAGGCCAACGGAGGGCCCGGAAACUCACCACUUGGAGAGACGAAUGUUUGCACAGGACCACUGACAGGAGGUAUUUCAGCUUGCUCCGGCGACUCUGGCGGCCCGCUGUUGCUCAUUGAGGGCGGAGUGCAGACUCAAGUCGGUAUCGUAUCUUGGGGAUGGAUCCCUUGUGGUUCCAUCGGUCGCCCGUCUGUUUACGUUGGCGUCGCUAGCUACCGUGAUUGGAUUGACAAACAGAUUUCCAAUAUUUAGAUACUAUUAGUUUGAUUCGACAAAAAUCGAAAGUGUUUCUUCUGAAGAAAAUUAGUGAUCAUUCAUGACACAAAAAUUAUUCAUUUAGCCACGAUGACCUGUAUCACAAAAUCCCGUGUCGUCGAGUGCCCAUGGUUUCCACUACCGAUCAGUUUUCCAUUACCAUUUUCUCUUGAGAGUGUAACGAUAUCUAAAUAUGUCAAAAAAUAUUUUAAACAAUUAGGUAGACAUGGCUUUAAAACUACUAUCGCUAUAUUUUUGAGCGAUUGAGUUGGCAAAGAAUCAAAGUCUUCCAGAUUUGUUGUUGAAAAUGAUCAUGUUAGUGUUUCACACUGAUCAAAACAGAUUACGACAAGUUAACAUUCUUACUUGAUUCCGAAUACUUACUCAAUCCCAAAGGCCUUCAAUACUUGUAAUAUUUUUAUCAAUUCUACAUUGUCACAGUUGGGUAUAAGCACAAUAUAAUACAGGUCGGAUUCGAUUAUCCGGGUGUUUCGAAAAAAAAACAAAUUUCAACUAGAAUUUCUGAUUAUAGUGCUAAUUCGAUCAUUGCAGUCAAUAAAACUUUUUUUCGGCAAAUGGGGGGUUUAGGAUUAACCCCCUCACAAA